AUGGCUUCUGCCAGCAACGUUCUAAGAAUGAGCUUCCAACUUGAACUGGUUGUGGCCGUUAGACCCCUGCUUAGGGGAUUUUUGGAUCCUGUAGACAUGACUCGUGCUGUCUUCCUAGUCAUCCUGUGCCUAGGAGUGGCAUCAACUGCCCUAUCUCCUGACCCUACUAUGGAUGCUGAAUUGAAAAAGCAGAAGAUAAGUGAUAAGAAAGCUGACAGGCUGAAUGAAGAACACAGAAGAGCCAUGUGGGAUGAGUUUAUGAAGAAGAUUGAACUGCACAAUAGGGAAAAUGGCCAGGAGAAGAAUGGCUUCAAAGUGGAUAUGAAUGCCUUUAGUGACCUGACUAAUGAAGAACUGAAGAAACUAAUGACUGGUAUUUUAUACCCAAUGUUUGGAGAGAAGGAAAGAAUGCAAAUACGGCCAGUUGAUGACCUCCUUGAAAUAGAGGGUUUGACAGAGGCCGGUGAUAUGUUUCCCGUGGAGAAUAAGGCCCAGCUGUGCUAG